GGCUCAGCUCUGGGCAGCUCCUCCCAGCUCUGCCUGCUCGGCCGCUGGCUCCCAGAGAACAGCAGGCUUCCUGGCAUGGGUCUGUGAACAGGUCUGAACCUCCUUGCACAUCUGCACAAUCGUCUGACACCCGACUUGUAUCCUUCACAGGAGGCCAGCAGGAAGGAUGGCCCAGAACAUGCUGACUGUGAAUGGAGUUGAUGUGGGCUCUAUGCUCUCCCAGCCCACCCACAUUGACAUCCACAUCCACCAGGAAUCCGCUUUGGCCCAACUGCUAAAAGCUGGGAGUUCCCUGGUGGAGCGCCUGUCUCACCGUCCUGCCAAGGCCAGGAUAGGCUACGGACAGCUGGCACUAGGGGUGACCCAGCUGUUGCUCGGGGCUAUCAGCUGUGCCCUCGGCGGGCUUCUCUACUUGGGACCCUGGAUUCAGCUGCGGGCCUCGGGCUGUGCCUUGUGGGCAGGGUCUGUGGCCAUUGCAGCAGGAGUUGGGGCCAUUGUCCACGAGAAGCGCGGGGGCAAACUCUCAGGCUGCGUAUCAGGUCUGCUCACUCUGGCUGGCAUUGCCACGGCCGUGGCCGCUGUCGUCUUCUGUGUGAAUAGCUUCAUCUGGCAAGGUGAUGGCUUCGACGACAUCAGCUCCGUGUGUGAUUCCUUAGUCCCUGUCACCCCCACCUCUUGGUACCAACGAAGAAGUUCCUAUUCAUCGUGGGAGGAGGAGAACUGCAGAAGAUACAUGCAAAUGCUGAUGGAUUUGUUCCUAGGAAUCCGUGCUCUGCUCCUGGCUAUCUGUAUCCUGCAGGUCAUUGUGUCCUUGGCUUCCCUGGGCGUGGGUCUUCGAAGCUUCUGUGGCCAGAGCUCCCAAGCCCUGCAGGAUGAGGAAGGGUCAGAGAGAAAUCUGCUGGGGGAGAAUUCAGUGCCUCCCUCCCCCUCCAAGGAGAAGACCACGGCUGUCAUUGUCCUGUGAGCAGCCAGAGACCCUUGCCUGGACCCUGCAUGUCCCUCCUGAAUAGCCCAGGGCCCCUCAGCACCCUGUCCCGCAGACUUGCUUCUGCUUUUCUUCUCCCCACCUUCACCCACUGUGGCCACUCCAGGGUCCUCCAUCAGUGAACAGGUAUUGCCACAUUUCCCUCAGUGCUGAUUAAACAGAAGCAACCCCAAAGAAUGAUUUUGUGCAGAAAAGAUGUAGUCUUCUUUUGUUAAUAUACCUGGUGCAUUGAUACUCAUGGAAUUAAAUGAGAAUUACGCGUGAGAUCCAGCCAGUCCAUCCUAAAGGAAAUCAGUCCUGAAUACUCAUUGGAAGGACUGAUGCUAAAGCUGAAACUCCAAUACUUUGGCCACCUGAUGUGAAGAGCUGACUCUUGGAAAAGACCCCGAUGCUGGGAAAGAUUGAAGGCCAGAGGAGAAGGGGACGACAGAAGAUGAGGUGGUUGGCUGGCAUCACUGACUCGAUGGACAUGAGUUUGAGCAAGCUCUGGGAUUUGGUGAUGGGCAGGGAGGCCUGGUGUGCUGCAGUCCAUGGGGUCGCAAAGUCUCGGACACGACUGAGUGACUGAACUGACUGACUGACGUAUUAUGUGGAAACCGGGUCUGAAUAAGACUAAAUUUUUGUUCUGCUCUAUA